AUGAAAAGUCACAACAAAUAUGCAAAAUUACCCCAAGAUUUAGAUUUAAGUUUCCAAGAGCAAUUGGAUGUGGAUGCAAGUGCUUCGGAUGAAUUUAAUUUAGCUGCUGGCAUUGGUUUGGCAGACGAUACAGACGACGACGAACACGUCCCAACAACAACAAAAACAGCAGCAGCAACUGGUGACCUAAACGCAGCCAGCGCAUUGGAGGGUCACGUUUUCGACGACGAAGAGGACGAAAUUGUAAUAGCAACUGCUUUAAGCAGCGGURGUAGUGUUGGUACCCGUACGAAUGUUGUUGGCGGUGGUGCAGCCAAUGUGCGUGUGAACACGUCAGCCAAAAGUGGCGAUAGGAAAGUGCGUGGUGGCGGCGGUGUGGCUGUUGCUUUGGGCAGUGAUAGUGUAAUCGAGACGGGUUCAACCCUAACGCCCGAAAUGUUGCUGACAACGUCCGAGUCAUCGACGUACAGCGCCUCCGAAGUGGCCGGCCGUCUACAGGUCGACACGCGUACCGGUCUCAAAUGGACCGAGGCAAAGUAUCGUGCAAAAAUUAUCGGACACAAUGAGUUGAAUGUGAACGAGGAGGAUCCUACAUGGAAGAAAUACAUUGAACAGUUUAAGAAUCCACUUAUACUGCUGCUGUUGGGCAGCGCGCUAGUUUCGGUGAUUAUGAAACAGUAUGACGAUGCUGUGAGCAUAACGAUAGCCAUCAUCAUAGUGGUAACGGUCGCUUUCAUACAAGAAUACCGUUCGGAGAAGAGUUUGGAGGAGUUGAAGAAGCUGGUGCCACCCGAGUGCCAUUGUCUGCGCGAAGGACGACUCGACACGUUUUUGGCGCGUGAGCUAGUGCCCGGCGAUGUGGUGUACUUGAAUGUAGGCGAUCGUGUCCCCGCCGAUGUGCGGCUCUUCGAUGCCAUCGAUCUGUCGAUCGAUGAGUCAAGCUUCACGGGCGAAACGGAACCGGCGCGCAAGAGCACCGAGCUCAUACUGAGCAGCACCACCAAUAAGGAUCAUACAAAUAUGAAAAAUGUCGCCUUUAUGGGCACAUUGGUGCGCUGCGGCAAUGGCAAGGGUGUUGUAGUGAGCACUGGUGAGCGCAGUGAGUUCGGUGAAGUWUUCAAAAUGAUGCAAGCUGAAGAAGCGCCGAAGACACCGUUGCAGAAAUCGAUGGACAUACUCGGCGCACAGCUAAGUUUCUAUUCGUUCCUCAUCAUUGGCGUAAUUAUGCUKUUGGGKUGGCUACAAGGCAAACCGCUAACCGAAAUGUUCAAUAUCAGCGUUUCUUUGGCUGUCGCCGCAAUACCCGAAGGCCUACCCAUUGUGGUCACYGUGACGCUGGCACUCGGUGUCAUGCGCAUGGCCAAACGAAAUGCGAUUGUGAAGAAAUUGCCAACCGUGGAGACGCUCGGUUGCGUGAAUGUCAUUUGCUCGGACAAAACGGGCACUUUGACGAAGAACGAAAUGACAGCGACAGUUAUCAUYACAUCUGACGGCUACAUGGCCGAUGUCACCGGCGCUGGCUAUAAUGAUCAAGGCGAGAUACAUAUACGCAAUUGCAACAACGUCGAAAUGGCCAAAGCAAACAUAACGAACUUGUUAGAAAUCGGCGCUGUCUGCAAUAAUGCUUACAUACAGAACGGCACAUUGCUCGGCCAGCCGACAGAGGGCGCACUCAUCGCUGUCGCCAUGAAGAAUGGCAUGUACGCCACCGCCGAGAACUAUGUGCGCAUACAGGAGUAUCCAUUCUCAUCCGAACAGAAAAUGAUGGCUGUCAAGUGCAUACACAAAUACAACAAUAACAAAGAGGAAAUCUUCUUUGCCAAAGGYGCGUUGGAAAUGCUAUUGCCGCAAUGCACGAAAUACAUGUUCGGCACACAAACGGUGCCGUUGACAAAGCAAAAUGAGGCGGAAUUCCUGGCGGAGGCCUACGAAAUCGGCCGCAAGGGCUUGCGUGUGCUGGCGCUGGCGAAAGGACGCAGCCUGCAGGAUCUCAUCUACUGUGGCCUGGUGGGUAUAACCGAUCCGCCGCGUCCAUUGGUACGCGAAUCCAUUGAGAUGCUGAUGCAGAGCGGCGUGCGCGUCAAGAUGGUCACGGGCGAUGCGCAGGAGACGGCCAUGGCGAUCGCAAAUCUCAUUGGCAUCGAUACAAUUCAUCAGCAGACGCUCUCCGGUCAAGAAAUGGACCAACUAAAUGAGCAUCAGCUCGACAAAGUCGCYAAUAAUGUGAGUGUUUUCUAUCGUGUGACACCGCGUCAUAAACUCGCGAUCGUAAAAUCUCUACAACGUACGGGAAAUAUUGUCGGUAUGACCGGUGAUGGUGUAAAUGAUGGUGUCGCUUUGAAGAAGGCGGAUAUCGGUAUAGCAAUGGGCAAGAACGGAACGGAUGUCUGCAAAGAAGCCGCUGAUAUGAUACUAGUCAAUGAUGAUUUCCAUACCAUAAUUGCCGCCAUCGAGGAAGGCAAGGCUAUCUUCUACAAUAUACGCAAUUUCGUACGUUUCCAAUUGAGCACCUCGAUUGCCGCUCUCUCAUUGAUCGCGCUCGCUACACUCAUGGGUAUCGCCAAUCCGCURAAUGCCAUGCAAAUCCUUUGGAUCAAUAUUAUCAUGGAUGGGCCACCAGCGCAAUCGCUCGGYGUCGAACCGGUCGAUCAUGAUGUACUCAAGCAGAAACCACGUAACGUYAAACAGCCGAUGAUAACGAAAUCAGUGAUCGUGAAUGUGUUGCURAGCGCCAGCAUYAUAGUGCUCGGCACAUUAUGGGUAUUUCAGCGCGAAAUGGCCGACGGCACGAUGGGCAAAACGAAGCGCGACACGACCAUGACUUUCACGUGUUUCGUYUUUUUCGAUAUGUUCAAUGCAUUAGCGAGUCGUUCGGCAACGAAGAGCGUCUUCAAGAUCGGCUUGUGCACGAACAAAAUGUUCCUACUCGCUGUCGGUUUCUCAAUUAUCGGGCAAAUGUUGGUCAUCUAUUUUCCCCCACUACAAAUGGUAUUCCAAACGGAAGCGCUCUCUGCUUACGAUAUACUCUUUUUAGUAUCGCUCACAUCGUCGGUGCUGAUCGUAGCGGAGAUUAAGAAGUGGUUCGAGCGCACAAUGGAGCGUAAGAUGUACAAGACGCGUUCCGAGUUAGAUUUCGUAUGACAAAAAGCAAGCGCUGGAAGAAAAUCGUCAAACGUAAAGAAUGAUUAAGCUUAGCAAAAUAAAAUACACACAAACCACAAACAAACAACACGUAGCAAGGAGUGCGUUGGAWKGAUGGCACGGAGCGAACGAACUUGGGCGGGCGAAUGACGAACGGAUUGCCGUGAAUGGAAUUGGGGUUAGAAGCGUAAAAGUAUAAAAACAAAGAAAACCACAAAAAAAAUCGAAAAUGUUUUGGGUACACUGGGCGUAAUUUUAAGCGAAAGCAAGAGAGCAACAUGAAGUAAAACGAAAGAGAGCAAAACUAAUACAAUACAUUAAACGUCUCUUUAACUUUA